UAGAAGGAUCACGUCACAAUGGUUUGACCAAGGCCUUGACUCGUGCGCUGGCGCAAGCAUUUAGAGCACGGGGAAACGUUACGAGAAGUUACUACGUGAGAGCCGGAACUGCAAUCACUCACCAGACGUUAUGGCGCAUAGUAAAGUCGCCCUACUUCUCGCCGUUGUGCUCGGCUCCGCGAUAAUUGAAUGCAAAAUAGUCCUGCCGCACAAGCUCCGAUACCUCGAAAACAUGUUGAAUGCGGACUUGCUAUCGAAGGCCACGAGGAUGAGACAGCGAACGGAAGGUAAUACCGGCCCCGAGAACAGAGUCUGGCCCGUUCUGGGUCUAGGCAAGUACCAGGAUGAGAAACUGAAUGGACCUCCACCUUUGCCGCCAUUUCUCAUGAAUAGCAUCGUUCAGCGGCGGAUUUCAAACCCCAAAAUCUAAUCUAGUUAAAUUCUAUGUUUAAUCUAAGUCAGCCAGUAAGUAAGCAGGGAUACCUUCAUCUUUAGUAAAUCUUUUCCGAAGAUUAAAAGAAGCUAACAAAUGUCCCUAUUCUUAAAUCGUUUUUUUCUCGUGAUACAUAGAUGUAAUACUAGUAACACGGCAUCAGUAGCUAUGUUCGCUAAAUUAACAUCCAAUUCAGCUUAAACAAUGCAGUAUUUGUUCAUUUCAUGAAUUUUGUAAUUAUUCCAAAAUUGUUUUAAGACAUAAGCAAUUAAGCAUUUUACUGACUUGUAGUUUUAUGUAAUAUAUAUAAUUAAGGUAGACGUUAGUGAGACUGAAACCUGACUCCAAGGUCAAACUAAAUGUACUUAUAAAUAGUUUAAUGGAGCUCUGUGAACCUGCAAUUUUAUCUUUUUGUUUCAAAUAAAUAAUUAAAUUAAAUAAUAAAUUGAUAUAAGUAAGUGUUUGUGAACCCCUAAAAGCUCUACCAAGGUAUGACCCAUGGGUAAUGUGAAUGAUUGCAGCGUGCCUCGGUAUUAGAAGUAGCUAAGUGAGGGGUUCAAAAUGAUUUGUAACCUGAUUAUUCUAGACACCCGGCUCGCUUAGUCACUUCUGUUGCCGACUGUAUGACCAAAUACAGCUCAGACAACCUCGAAUUUGCAGAAGUAGUCAACAACAACGACUGCUUUCCUUAAUCAAAUGUGUAUUUAUUAUCUUAACUCUUUUAUCUUAAGAUAUUGUUAAAUAUAUGUUGCGAAUAACCCAAAA